CUCAGGUAGACACAGUUGAAAAAAAAGAAGGCGGCCAAUCAGAACGCCGCCUCCCUUUUUGGCCAAUGACAGGCGCCACAUUGUUGUCAAAUUGCUCUAAUGAAAACUUGAGCGCAACAAUAGUGAGGGGAGAGAGCGCCGUGUCGCAACUGACGCUCUCCGGAGGAAGUUAGUGUCGCACGCGCGCACGCACGCGCUCGCUCGUCACGGAGCUCCUCUUUUCGGGGCGGGGUGGGGUGGGGGGAUCUGAACGAUUACCACUCGGUCGAUGCGGUAGAAAGCGGCUCGUUCAUUCGUUCAGCCAAGCAUGGAUCUCAGAGCGGAGAUGCAGCCCGCCGUCUCCUCGUCGGCGUCGGCCGCUCAGGUGCACGCGGGAGCGGUGGCCGCGGUAGCCUCCAUCCCGGUGUCCAUGGCGGGCAACCUGCUGCGCGGGCCGCCGCUGCUGCUGCGCGCCGCCGACAAGUACCCGCGCACGCCUAAGUGCGCGCGGUGCCGCAACCACGGCGUGGUGUCGGCACUCAAGGGCCACAAGCGCUAUUGCCGCUGGAAGGAUUGCAUGUGCGCCAAGUGCACGCUGAUUGCCGAGAGGCAGCGCGUCAUGGCGGCGCAGGUGGCGCUGCGUAGGCAGCAGGCGCAGGAGGAGAACGAAGCCCGGGAACUGCAACUGCUCUACGGCACCGCCGAGGGGCUCGCCCUGGCCGCCGCCAACGGCAUCAUCCCGCCCAGGCCCGGCUACGAGGUCUUCGCCUCGGUGAGCAGCGAGACCAGCAACUCCGAUUCGAGCGUGCAGAAGUUCGACUUGUUCCCAAAGGGCCAAGCGUCGGGCCCCUCCACCCCGCAGCAGACUGGCGGCAAGCAGACGCCCGCGGAGAGCGACUCCGCUCCGGGUCUUUCGUCCCCGGACGGCCGGCACGGUGGAGGCGGAGCUUCCGGCUCCGAGAACGGAGACAGCGAGUCGUUCGUCCACUCGCCGGUUGCUAAGCCUUCGAAAGACGGCGGCGAGACUCCCUGUAGGUCCGUCAGCUCCCUGGGCUCCGACUCCGGUUCCGAGACCGACAAGGACGAGCGGGAGCCUUCGCCGUCCCCGUCGCCGUCCUCCGCGGCCUCCAGGCACAUGCACGCCCUCGACAUCCUCACCCGGGUGUUCCCCAGCCACAAGCGCAGCGUGCUGGAGCUGGUCCUGCAGGGCUGCGGCAAGGACGUGGUGCAGGCCAUCGAGCAGAUCCUCAACAACCCGGCCCAGGGCGGCCAGCACAAGUCCGGCUCCGAGGAGACUUGGAGCGGCGAUAGGAUGGUGCAAAGCUCGCAGCCGCCUCCUUCCACCUCGUCCUCCUCGUCGUCUUCCUCGGCUCCAGCCCCGGCUCGACCCAUGCUGCCCGGCGCCAUGACGCUCAGCAACCGUUCGGCCUUCUCGCCCCUGCAGCCCAACGCGCCCCACUUCGGAGCCGAACCAGGCGCCUACCCGCUGGGAACGCACCUGGGACUCAACCCGCUGCGGCUGGCCUACUCCGCGCACAGCCGCGGUCUGGCCUUCAUGACGCCCUACUCCACCACCGGCCUUAUGCCCACCCUGGGCUUCAGACCCCCGAUGGACUAUGCCUUUAACGACCUCAUCCGGGACAGGACCAUAUUGCACAAGGAGCAGGGCUACGCCGGAGGCCUGUACGGGCCUCUGGUCAACAACACGCCAGACAAACAGUGACCGCAGGCGGACGGAACGCACGCGCACCAAAGUCGUUUGAGCGUUUAUUCCAGGGGUUCUCAUGUUCUUUUACACAAAGCACUAAACUGUAAAAUAAAAAAAAAAAUAGUUUCUUUAUUUUUGGGGCUAACACAUAAGUUGAUACAACUUUAGAUAUCAAUUACUGAUAUUUAUGGCAACGACGUUAGUAUAUCGCAAAGCAAGCAAGUUGUGUACGCCAAAUGGAUUUGCUGAGUUUUUGCGGAUAUAUCUUUAAAUUCGCUCACAAGACAAGGAGGAAUUCGUUUUGUAAACUCUUAUUUCUUUGUUGAAAAUGCAGGAAAGCCAAUUUUCAC